AUGAGCAGCUGGGCCAGUGACCGUGACCAUGGCCUAAGAGUGGGAGACACCCUGAGCCUGCACUUUAUUCACGGCUUACACGGGCAUGCCUUUGACUGGUACAGGCAGCCGCUCAUCGGGCAAGCUAUUUUAAGGCGCCGCGGGGUGAACCGGAGGGCAGUAAAUAGUGGAGAAGAACAUGUCCUUUCCCUCACCUUUCCUAAUAGCCAAGUGCUCUGCCUUUCCAUGUACACACCCCAGCCCCCACCCUGCUCCCCAGCCCAGGUCCCUGCUGCACCAGGAGAAAUGUCACCCUGUAUUUCCAUGAAAGUAACUGAUGGGGUCAGUGAACAUCACACUUGGUGAUUGGAAAAUGGGAUCUUUCAGCAUGAGAAAUGUAGGGUGCACAGUAGGAGCUCGUCUUAUCUGGAAACACUGGGCUCAGAUACAUUUCCCCUACUGCACUGUGGAUUCUGGAAAAAUCACAGGGCUUAAUGUGAGGAAUGCAGACUGAAGGAGUUUGCUCUUGACCCCAAACUGAACUGCUAUCUCCAAGGAAAUGGAGGAGUUAGCUACUGCACCAACUGUUGGUGGCAGGUAACCUAGUGGUUAAGAGUUUUGGGCGAGUAACCGAAAGGUCGCUGGUUCGAAUCCCCAAGCCGACUAGGUGAAACAUCUGUCGAUAUGCCUUUGAGCAAGGCACUUAACCCUAAUUGCUCCUGUAAGUCGCUCUGGAUAAGACUGUCUGCUAAAUGACUAAAAUGUAAACGCAACAUGCAACAAUUUCAACAAUUUUACUGCGUUACAGUUCAUAUAAGGAAAUCAGUCAAUUGAAAUAAAUUAAUUAGUCCCUAAUCUAUGGAUUUCACAUGACUGGGAAGGGGUGCAGCCAUGGGUGGGCCUGGGAGGGCAUAGGCCCACCCACUGGGGAGCCAGGCCAAGCCAAUUAGACUGAGUUUCUCCCCACAAAAGGGCUUUAUUACAGACAUAAAUACUCCUCACUUUCAUCAGCUGUCCGGUUGGCUGGUCUAAGAUGAUCCUACAGGUGAAGAAGCCGGAUGUGGAGGUCCUGGGUUGGCGUGGUUACACGUGGUCUGCAGUUGUGAGGCCGGUUGGACGCACUGCCACAUUUACAUUUACAUCAUUUAGCAGACGCUCUUAUCCAGAGUGACUUAUAGUUAGUGAGUGCAUACAUUUUCAUACUGGCCCCCCGUGGGAAUCGAACCCACACCCCUGGCAUUGCAAAUGCCAUGCUCUACCAACUGAGCUACAAAUUCUCUAAAAUGACAUUGGAGGCAGCUUAUUGUUGAGAAAUGAACAUUAAAUUCUCUGGCAACAGCUCUGGUGGACAUUCCUGCAGUCAGCAUGCCAAUUGCACGCUCCCUUAAAACUUGAGACAUCUGUGGCAUUGUGUUGUGUGACAAAACUGCACGUUUCAGAGUGGCCUUUUAUUGUCCCAAGUACAAGGUGCACCUGUGUAAUGAUCAUGCUGUUUAAUCAGCUUCUUGAUAUGCCACAUCUGUCAGGUGGAUGAAUUAUCUUGGCAAAGGAGAAAUGCUCACUAACAGGGAUGUAAACCAAUUUGUGCACAAAAUUUGAGACAAUUAAGCUUUUUGUGCGUGUGGAACAUUUCUGCCAUAUUUUAUUUCAGUUCAUGAAACACGGGACCAACACUUUACAUAUUUUUGUUCAGUAUAAUAUUUAACUACGGGGAGAAGGCAGAGGAGGAGGACACACUGACUGGUUGUACUGUUUGGGUGGUAGCAGUCGUGGGGUCACUCCAAGGUUCUGUCAGUUCAGAACACUGAUAUGAUGGAUUGGUGCUACCUCUGUGCAAAUCCCAUAUGUGUUAAUAAAAAAGAUAAGUAAUCAAAUAACUAGACAAGAUCUUAACUAGAUAACUGAUAACAGAUUACCAUCAUCACACUACAGUAUAUGGAUGGACAGGAUAUGAGUAUAAUUUCCUGGUGGCUGUAAUGCUCCUCUAGCUUUGUCCUAAUUACUCCUGAGAAAGUGACUGAAGUGGUUUAGGUGACCCAGAGAGGUGAGAGGACCCAUAUUCUCUCAUCAUCGGUGACAACCUCUUGGCAGUUUGCCCUUUCAGAUGUCUACACUGAUGGAUCAACUCCUUAUCACGCCUCAUGAUUUUGGUUCUGCUCAUCAAAUGGCUGUGUGGGAAUCAAUUCCCGAGCUACCUGCUAUGAACCUGGCAGAUGCUUGUCGUCUUCAUUAAGACACAAUACCACUACCCAAAUUACUGACAGUACCAAAUGAUGUGUGAAGUAAGCUUGGGUGUCACCCUACAAACUGGGAUGGAAUAUUGUUGAAGCUGUCAGACCACUGAUCUGGUCUUCAGGGAAGUGAGUCUGCUCUCACACUGCCACAUUAGCACUGUGACCUUGUAGUCCCAUCACAGGGGCUGCAGACGUGCAAAGCCUGGUCGGCACAGAGCGCCCACACACACGGUAGUGUACGGCUCCCCAGCCCAGUUUCCUAGCAGAGGCAGACUGAGGAAGUGACUUUGACCUGUCAUGGAGAUUCCAGGUGUGAGAGAAGAUGCAGUGAGAGGUGUGGGUAAGGUCAGGUCAGGUAGAAGAGAAGCAGCAGGGUCGUGUCAACAGUGAGCCACAUCAGGGAGCCUGAGCUGGGAUGCAGACCGCAGAGGGAAGCAUGUGGUGAAUGGAACAGAUAGAGACGCACUAGUCUAACAUACUGCCCAUGUCACAGAGGAUAACUCUGGGCUUCUCAACCAAGGUUACUUCCACACCUGCAGCUCUGUAACAACAAAAACAAUGGCAAUGUCUUACUCACCAGUGGUAUAGCAGCUGCCACUACUGUCAAAGUAUUGUGAAUUUCUCGCUUGUAUUUUCCCUUCAGACACCCCAAGUCAAACAUCUCUUCUCUUUCUUCCAUCUCCAGGAACAAGGAAAGAUUGGUGUGAUCUUCAACGUGGGGACAGAUGACAUCACCAUUGACGAGCCGGCUGUCAUAGUUAGCGAUGGCAAGUACCAUGUUGUGCGCUUCACACGCAGUGGUGGCAACGCCACCCUCCAGGUGGACAACCAGCCGGUGGAGCGGUACCCGCCAGGUAAGGCAUGAGACAGGACACUUUGAAAUGGAGGGGAUGGGUGGGAGUGGGAGUGGCAGAUAAGUAGACAUUAAAAGAAAGAGGGAGGGAGGGAGGAUGAGGAGGAGGGAGAGAGAUAUCCAGGCUGUAUUUUGACAACACAGACAUGGAAGAAGGUGCAUGGUGAUUCCAGCUCAAGCCAUCAAACAAAAUAUCACAUAAAUUAAGGGACAGUUUUUGAAUGCUCUUGGCAAGCAAGUCCAAAUGGAAUUGGAAAUGUGCCUUCUGUCACAGAGUAAAUUGAUUUGUUUUCUUCAGCACGCCCCAGCUUUCGGUUUUGAUAUGUGCCAUUUCACUAUUAUAUGUAUUCAGAGCACUUUAUGGAGUCGCCACAUGGCGGGCCCAGAUAACUACUGCAUAAACAAUCUAAUAACAAUCUGAAAUGGACACAUUUCCCUCAAGCUGCCUUGCCGAGUACAUCCAGCAGAGGAUGGAUUUGGAUUCUUCACAGUAAUUGUAGCAGCCAGCUUGGCCUCGAAGCCUCGGAGCAAUGAAGGACCCCUCAGCCAAAUCUCAGCUCUCAUUUUAUUUUCCCCCUGCCUGUAAAAUUAGCUUUUAUAUGAGAGCACUGAGGAUGUGUGUGUGUGUGGUGUGAAAGGGGGAGGAGGAAGAGGUGUGUAGCUCUCAGAACAUUCUGGCGUCUGCUCCUCGUCGCUAAGUCUUCUGUCUCUCCUCCAUGCUAGCUAACAAAUCAAAUCAAAAAUAAUUUUUACAUUGCAUCCUUAUGAUUCAUGUAGUAUCUAAUUAUCUGUUUCUUCUCCACUCACACUGACCAAACAAACAAUAAAGAAUUAUCCAAAAUUGCUCAUUUUAUUUUCUAGAUUGUAGUUGAUAGUGGCGGUUCAGCUAUUCUCUACCUACUUUAGUAAAGGUAUUGUUCUCAAUGACAGAGAACUCUCUCCCUCUCCACUUUCUUCAUAUUCAAUACAUAAUCUGACUAUAAUAAGUCUUGUCUAGUCACACAAUCAGUUGUAUGCCCAUAUUUGGCACAGGCAUUUUGUUGUACUGUAUCUUUAUGGUAAGUGUAGAGGACCAUGGUAGGAUUAGCUGUACGUUACUAUGCUACAGCAGUGGUUUGGUUCCAGUACAGUCAAGCUUUCUAUCAAGUGGAGUGGUUAUUUUAAUUUUAUAAUGGCUGCAUCAUCCACUCUAGCACUCCACCAAUGGGGCACUAAACCAGUCAGUAAUUGGCCCAAUCACAACAUUACUGUAACAGUAUGUGAAAGAAGGAGAGGAGUGGAAAUGAGUGCUGUGAGCUAGAUGAGAAUUGUCACAGAGAAUGUUCAGAUGCCAUUGUGGUCCUUCUCUUGGUUCGUUAGUUCAUUUUGAGUCUGAUACAAGGCAUGUCAUCCACAGUCACACAGACAAGGGAGAAAAUGAAUUAUCUCAUUAAAGCAAUGCCUAGCAGUAGAUAGAGUCAUAUCCUUAACCUUGGGAGCCUUUGAUUUGUUCACAAUAGAAUGUCCUCAAUAAAUAAAUAAAAAUCUACUUCAGGUCUGUAUAAUUUACAUCACUAAAGUAAUCAUUUAUCACGCUUAAUAGACUGUUUAUACUGUACGUAUACAGUAUAUCUGUUCAGAGUAAAUAACAACAAUUGAUUGAAAUGUCUGUGUAUAACAUUUUCAUGAUAUCAUUAAUCACUUUCGUCAAGAAUAACGAACCCUGCUAGGCUACUUCCCAUAGCAGUCAUCAUCACCAUAGUAAUGUCCUUCCAUUGAGAUGAUAACAACCAGAAAAUGUCUUCCUGGUAUUUACUCAUGCUGUGUUCAUGCUUCUAAAUUGAUGUUAUCUUUCAAAUGCAUGCAUUGUUGAUUCCUUGCUGUUUUCUACCAAUUAUAGUUAAAUCUCUUCUUCUAUUUUGUUUGCAUUUAAGCCCUGAUGCUUUGAUUACACCAUUCCCCCUAAAUGAACCAGCUCAGUACUUUAUAAAUAGAACUAAACACCAUUCUAACUAAUGUACCAUUUGUUACUGUCCCUUAACUAAAUACCACUAAGUAAAGCACAAGUUUCUUUUAACCUGAAGCUGGGUUAAAAUUGAUAACUUGCUAAACGUGUUAGCCAUGAUGCCCUGUCUCUAACCUUGUGAUCUUUCAACUUCCAGACUUUAACCUCUAAUCUGUCUCUCCAAAUUCUUUGAAGGGAACUUUGAUAAUGAGCGCCUGGCUAUUGCUAGACAAAGAAUCCCAUACCGACUUGGUCGGGUAGUUGACGAGUGGCUACUCGACAAAGGUAAACCAAAAAAUGAAUAAAUCCAUUAAACAGUUACUAAAUCCAGUUAAAUCCCUGUAAGAGGUGCAGUGCCAAGAGACAAAGGAUCAAAUGCUGUUACCUAUGUAUGGUGUAGAGCUACAUGUUGGGUGACUAGGAUGGGAACAUAGAUAUAUACUCAAACAGCCAUCUCAGCCAUUUCGAGCAACGUACCUCGUCUCAUUUAGUACCAUUCUAAAAAAUAUACCAAAUGGGUAACAGUACAUCUACCCGGUAUCCUUUGCAAUCCCCAGACCAUCUGGGGAUGCUGCACCUCUUCAGAGAUUUUAAAACCAAUUAACUAAACAUAACCCCUGACUAACCCUCCAACAACGUCCCUCCAAUUGCUGUGUUUAAUUAGAUGCUGCUGAUUUUCUUUACUUGUUGUUAUCUGUUUAUUCUUCUUGUGACAUAAACAUAUUUAAAGUGAUAACUAACCUGUUAAACAACUGGAAUAAUUUGCUGGUAAUGGAACAUAGAGCAUUUCAUCUAAUGUUUGUGGUUCUUGCAACAAGGUGUUAGUAUCUCACAAUAAACCUUCCGUUUGAAUUCACAUCCUGGUCUCUCUAAAUUCUCUAAUCAUGUAUAGUCCACGCUGUUGUUUAUUGGCCAUGCUAAAAACACCACACUAAUGUGACCCCACUAAACACCACUAUACUAGGCAACCAUGUUCAGGGACAAAGGGGGUCAGACCCUGACAGACUAGUAGAUUACUGUCACUGCAACACUCAGCUACAUAGUUAAGUAGAAUAUUCCUGAGAUUGGCAUAUUACAUUACCCUCUCUCAACAUGCUGAACUCACUGGGUGAUGUAACAGUAGCAGUGCUUGUCAGUGCUGCUUCUGCUGCUGUCAGUGGUGGAGUUCGAUAACCCCAGGGAGGGAGGGAGGGAGGGAGGGAGAAAACACUUCCCUUCCACCAGAGGAAGUCAGUCCACACAGUACAGUUGGUCCCAGAGGAGCAAUGCUGAUUGUUCCGCCAGCUUCUGACUGAGAGGAUGAAGGGGAAAUGCCCUGUCCCUAGUUGUCCAUCAAUUCAGAGAAACGACUUCCUGUGCUUAAUGGAGGAAAGUAAUGUGCUUACAAUUUCCCAUGACACUAUUUUCUCCCAUUACUCUAUGUAAACACACUGAUAGCGAAAUGUAAGUAAAAUGAUACGCAUUAUUGUGCCAUCAUCCCCUCUCGCAAAGACUUAACCGAUUUGAAAAGCAAUUUUUUUGACCCUAUGACCAAGAUUGAGCCAAUUCCCUAACUCUGAUUUUAAACACUAACCAAUUGAAAAUACUUUACCAAUAUAACAUUCAAACUAACCACAUCUUACCCUCAGAAUAUAUUGGGGGAAUAUAUAUGUGACCAGUACGAUGACUAAAUAUAAAUAUACGAACAUUCCAGACAAGCUCUUAACAUAUACUUCCAUCAUUUAACUUGUUGUGCUAAGUUCCAUAUCUGUUGCCAAGGACCUUCUGGGUAUCUAGCAUGGUAUAACUCAUACUGUAAUUUGAUGUCUGCCUGUUUGUGUCUCUCUCUUUCUCUCUAUGUCUAUCUCUCUUCCUCCUCUUCCUUUACCUCACUACAGGACGACAGCUGACCAUCUUCAACAGCCAGGCAGCGAUAAAGAUUGGGGGUCAGGAUAAGGGCCGGCCGUUUCAGGGCCAGAUCUCUGGCUUCUACUAUAACGGCCUGCAGGUGCUGACACUGGCGGCAGAGAGUGACCCCAGUGUCCAGGCCGAGGGGAACCUGAGGCUGGUGGGAGACUCCAUGUCUGUCUUGACCACUGAGACCAUCUCCACCACCCCACUGGCGGCCUCCGACAUGUCCACCACCAUCAUGGAGACCACCACCACCAUGGCCACCACCACCACCCGCAGGCAACGCUCCCCCAGCAUGAGGGAGAGCAUCUCCCAGGUCAGAGGGAGGGCCGGGUGGGGGCAUGUGGGGCAGGGUACUAGGGCCACGUUGAACGUUAUUAGUGACCAAUGGUGCAAGAGGUGAUGUAAUGAUGACUGAUAACUAAGACUAGCCAUUUUAUCAGUAUGUUAACUGUCCCUCAUUCAGUAAUCCUGGUUUUAACAUUGUACUAUAAGGAGCUGUACGUAUGGUAUUGGACUGUGGGUGAGCUAGUGUUAGGGCUGAAGGCAUUAGACAGACAGCAUAAGUAACCGUUUAGAUGGCAAGGUUUUGGGAAAGCACUCUGCCAGACAGACAGUGUGUCCAUUAUCAGGAGGUUGGCUGCAUGAGACUGACACUCCAUCCACAUUAUUGCUCGUUUAGCCACUCAUCAGGCAGACAAAUUAAAACAGCCCUUAAAGAGCACUUUCUCAGGAACAAUCUCCCUCUCUCUCUCAAUUCCUUUGCACAUUUUCAACAUAACCAUGCUGCAUGCCUCUGCCAAUAAGAGGCAGUAAUUACUCAUUAAAACCAAGAGGUUUUCAAUAAGGGAACACAGACAAAGCACUGGUCCUAGACACGUAUUUGAACAUAAGUUAGCUCUCUAUUGAAAGUGUUUUUCUGGUUUAUUAAGCUCUCAUUCAAACCUAAAAGAUUGUCUCUCUCGUUGGGGAAAUUAAUUCAGUUCCAUUUGUGUUUGUAUGAUGCCUUUUCAAUGUCAUGGUCACAGUGCACACCAGCUAAAAAAACAGCAGUCAUUGUGCUGUUUUUAAAACUCCCUCAGCGGCGUGAUGCACUCUUUAAUUUGUUUCAGCUACAAAGCAGGAAAUCCCACAAAAGCUAGAUUUACAGGGUUUUUAGCAGCUAGAGCUACAUUUCCUUUUCUACACUGACUUGCAUAUGUAUUAGGCUGCCUGUGGGCAUAUAGAUCCACUCAAAAGGCCCCACCACAUUCAGUGUAAGUUGUCAAGGGACCAUCCUUUAAUACGCCCCCCAUUUCUUGGAUUAAACCUUUUUUCUCAGCCUUCGACUUUGUUGAUCAAGAGAUGAAGGAAGGUCACACUCAAUAACAAUUUAUGCCAGUCAUGGCUAAACUGCCUAUUUCCAUAUCCAGCGAUCCGUUAGUAAUUUGCAUGAAUGUUGAUGAACCUCAAUUCAACCCCACGUAGAACCUUGGACUGGCUUUAAUCCAGUCUACUGAAUAUAAAUAGCCCUAGGGAGACCAGCAGAGUGAUAGGGGGGGUUACGGAGAGACCACCUCAGAGCUGCUCUUAUUAGGCUCCCAGCAGAAUGUGGCUAACUACCAAGCUUGCCCUUUCAACAAAUGAAAACAUAAUUUAUGCUCAUGGGCUGUCUAAAUAUUUAAAACAACAUUAGUCACUUGGAGAUAAAGGUUAUCAAAAUAUUAAACAGUACAAGUUUCAGUUAUAUUCAAAGUAAUUUUUUGUCUAACACUCUGAUUAGGAGAGACAAACACCUGUGUAUUCACUUGGCAAUCCUCUCUCUUCUGUUGUGAUUAUGAUUUAUCCUCCUCUACUUUCUAGGUUCCUCAUAAGAUAGCAUGGCUCCUCCUUUGAACAUGUGCUACUGAACAACACAAGCUCAAUCAUUCUCACAGUCAGCUAACUCCCUCCAUUAGACAACAGUAGUGGGAUAUAAGAUACUGUAAUCACUUUUUCAGGCAGUGGUUUUCAUUGAAAGUGUUUUGUGUAUCUGAGCUGAACAUUUGUCAUGGUGUCAUGUCAUAAAUUACGAAACAAACCAAAUGAAUAAUACCUACAGUUCCACCAUAAACAAUAAACUUGCUUAUGAAACUACAGGCGCUGUAUACACAAACACAGGAAGCGAGGGAGUAAUUGCUUUAUGAAUGCAGUCAGGCAGAUCUAAUAUGCAGUAAUACGGCAUAUUUUAAUUAGAGAAUCAAAACGCCACAACAAUGCUGUUAUUUGUUAUGUGUGGAUUAGAGAGCAAGACAUAAGCGCCAGACAAGACAACUCUUUUAUCGUCCUACGGUUUUCAAACGGCCAAGCAAUUGUUCUGAUCACAUUUGCUAAAGCUUUAUUGUGAAAAAACAAAGCUUUGAUACCUUUUCAUACACUAACCAUGCCUCCAAAUGUCUUAAAGCAUAUUUGAUGGAUGACAGUACUCUGUAAUAGCCUUGGCCCAGUAAGCAUGUCAAGUUCCGAACACUGUAAAUACAUUGAUACAGUAUGGUGGGCCAAAGGCUCCUUCCUCCAGCUAAAUAAGUUGAUUAGGCUUGUCCAUACGAUAAUGAAGGAGAUAAAUUGAUGUCAAUCAUGGCCUAACUGCUUACUUCCAAUGUCAAACUUCCCUGUCUAUGUAAAUCUAGGUCAUUAGCAUAGAUUUACAUAGACUAGAUUUCUCAAGCCCUUGUUGAAUUUCAAUGAUCUUUCUGAAGGUCAUAAUGGCAGACAGCUUUAGGGUUGGCUACACCUGCUUGUAGUAACUACAUUUCUUUCUACAUUUACUGACACUGCCUUUCUCUUGAAAAUAUUUCAGUAUGUCUAUUGUUUUGAUAUUUUAUAUAGAUAAAUAAUACACUGUGACAGUUGAAUACACGUUUGAAUUGAAAACAUUGCCUUAGAAACUGUGAUGACAGUUUGAUGGAAUAUUCUUUGAGAAGAGCUCAGGGCAGGCCAAUGAUGAAUGUACUGUAUGUGAGAGCUGUCAAAUAGUGGUGUCUCAUAUCAAACAUGUGCAGAUAUGAUUUAUCAUGAGGUUUCUGUGCCUUGACAUGUGAGGACAAACUGAUACAUUCGCGUAAUCUCUGGAUCAAACUACAGUGAGCUCCAAAAGUAUUGGGAGAGUGACAAAUGUUUUGUUGUUUUGGCUCUGUAUUCCAGCCCUUUGGAUUUGAAAUGAUACAAUGAGUAUGAGGUUAAAGUGCAGACUGUCAGCUUAAACGUUUUACUACUUGAAUACACAUAUAAGUGCAUUUGUCCCAAUACUUUUGGUCCCAUAAAAUGGGGGGACUGUGUACAAAAAGAGUUGUAAUUUCUAAACCGUUGACCCGAUGUAAAUGGAAAUACCCUCAUAAAAGCUGACAGUCUGCACUUUAACCUCAUAGUCAUUGAAUCAUUUCAAAACAGCAACAAAAAAUGUCACUGUCCCAAUACUUUUGGAGCUCACUGUAUAUGAUAUUUAUAUAGCUUCUGUAUAUGUGUAUGGGUGGUCAUCUGUAGCUCAGCUGGUAGAGCACGGCGCUUGUAACGCCAAGAUAGUGGGUUCGAUCCCCGGGACCACCCAUACACAAAAAUGUUGCAUGCUUGACUGUAAGUCGCUUUGGAUAAAAGUGUCUGCUAAAUGGCAUAUUAUUAUUAUUAUGUCUGGGGUAUUAAUUUAUGUAUAGGUACAGGAGGUAUUAGGAAAGAAAAAAGAGAUGCUUCUGUUUGAGCACAAUCAUUGCAUCAUGAAACUAGCACUGUGAAAUUGAAUCCUGGCCCAUUAGGAAUUUGUUGUCUACUAUUGAUCUGGUGGAAACAGCAAGGAGUCCAAUAUUCCAGCCUUCGUUUUUCUGAAUUAUUCUCAAAUAAUGAAGUUUCACUUACAAGGCUUUUUGGGGGGAAUAACUUUGUAUUACUGUUUUAUUAAUGUUCGACAUCGACAACUAAGACUUUUAAAGAUUUAAUAAUGUAUAGAUUACAAAGCACCAACGUUGUGUCCUCUUCCUCUCAGUCUCAGAACUCAGAUGACAUCUUGGUGGCUUCUGCAGAGUGUCCCAGUGAUGACGAGGACCUGGAGGAGUGUGAGCCUGGAACAGGUGAGUCUGUCUGUCAGCCCUGGCCUGGGGUUCAGUUCAGUUCAGGACCUCCUAUGAUCACCUACUGUCUUCCUACACUAGGGACUAAUAGGUUCGUUUUAAUGAGCUCAUGGAUAAAAUCUUAUGGGCCUUGAUCUAGCCUUAUCGCUACUUUCAAAGUUGUAAUUUUGUCUGUCCUUAAUGCUUGUCUUGUCAUCAGCUACUACCUCUGCUUUGAACUCGCUGUUAGGGGAGAUUUCAUUACUGCCACUAGCUAGCAAGAUCUUAUAUCCAGAUUAGAAGAUCUCAUACUAUCCUGUACACUACCCUAAACAAAAUAAAAAACAAAUGGGGGAAACAGCUGGGAUCUUCAUGUAGGCCUGCAGUUGGUUGUCGGAGGCAGUGCUCAUAAUAUCAAGUUCAUAGAAGCCUCUGGCCUGGGUGUGUGUGGAUGACUGAUCUUAAUAUUCCUACAGCUAUCACUGAUCUGACCUUUUCAGAAAGGCUCCAUAUUUCACUACUGCCUGCCUGGCCCUGCCAGUGUGAGCUGUCAAAGUAAGGCUGAAAAGACACAAAUGUCUGAAAGCCCAUUAUAGUGAAGGUCAGGAGUAGGGUUGGACAGAUCUGUGGCACACCUGGCUCUGAGAUAGGCAGAGGAACAUUUCCUCUUCUACUUUCUAGUCUUUAGCUCACCAAAUCAUGCAAUGCAGUAGGGCUUCAUAGUAGAGUCACAUUCAUGACUAGGGUUACUCAUGAAAUGUAUUACAUGUACAACACAGGAGGCUGCUGAGGGGAGGACAGCUCAUAAUAAUGGCUGUAAAGGAGCAAAUGGAAUGGCAUCAAACACCUGGAAACCAUGCGUUUGAUGCAUUUGAUACCAUUCCACUCAUUCCGCUCCAGCCAUUACCACGAGUCCGUCCUCCCCAAUUAAGGUGCCACCAACCUCCUGUGAUGUACGAAGGAGUCGUUUUCUCUUACUUGUCUGUGUGAUAAAAGGCUUGUUUUCAUGCAAAUGUUUCAAGAGUUUCAGAAGCGACAUUAGAUCAUGAUAGAUGAUUGGCCUUACUUGUCGCCAAUUUGUCCUGUAAGAUGUCACAGUUUAUCCAGAUAAACGGUCAUUGUCAUGAUCCUUCUCUCUCCACCUCUCCUCUUGCCCCUCCCUGACACUCCCUUUUAUCAAUAACACUGUCAGUAGAAUUAGGUGAAUGGCGCCCUUGGCUUGUUUUCAUUGUCUUCUAACCUUGAUAUUUAGUCUGUUUAUUGAGGUGGCUUGAGGAUGGUUAGAAGACUUGUGGUUAUGUUUCUAUGAACAUUAAAGAUGUUCAACCUUAGUAAACUAACAAAUCUUGUUACUGGCAUGCACACAACCGCCUACAACUGCAAAUUAAAAUAAUGAAGGAUUUAUAUCAAUGUUAUGCAGCUGUUUUGAAUUUGUUUUUCUCUUCAUGCAAAAAUCAUGUGGCAAUAUGUUGAUGUACGUAAGUGACCUUAUCCCAUGGUUUGCUGUCUUUUUUGAUAAAGAGAAGUCCAGAAAUGUGAACUUGUAAGCAAAUCCAUAUUAUUGAUAAUAAUGUAUAGUUAAAUAUCUUCCAUAUUAAUUAUCUUACCCCUACAGGGCGUAAUAUUAGGUUAUUUGGAACAUUCUAGCUACAUAAUGAGCACAUUGUGUUUGUAAUGUAAUGAGCACAAUUGUUCAUUAUUCGUGUCUGGGGUCUCCUAAUGCUCCUCUAAUGUGUGUUUCUCCUACCCUCUUUUUCUUUUCUAGGAGGUGAAUUAGUGUUGCCUAUAAUAACAGUGGAUUCCCUUGAGCCCCCAUCCAUCGCCACCCGUUACCCUGCUAUCCCCCCUCCUCCCACCUCCCUGUCCCCACUUGAGACCACCAAAGAGUCCCUGAUGCUGUCCAACCCUCACCCUCCCUGCCCCCCGGAUCAGGAGGACUGCGGUGACCCUGUGGAGGUCUCGGCCUUCGGUUCUGGGGAGAUGACGGAAUCAGAUGAUGAGGACUUUUACAAAAACUCCCCUCUGGUCACUGACAGGACAGUCCUGCCUCCUCCUCCUCCCCCCGCCGUCGGUGAGGGCGGGGCACAGAAACCCCACAAUCCCCGCCCCCCUCCUUCUACUCCCACCACCAACCCUGACCAGCUCCACAUCCCCGCGGGCAAAAUGAACACCCGUGACCAGGUGCUUCUGCCCCCUGCCCCUCCGUCAUCCCGGUAUACACCAGGACUAACUUACCCCCCCAAUUUCCCCCAUGUGCCCACAGCCGACCCUACAGCCCCCGGUGAGAAGGUCAUGCACCCCGGCCUGGUGGAUAGGAUCGGAGAGUCCAGUAGCACCACAGGGAUGGUGGUUGGUAUUGUGGCAGCUGCAGCCCUCUGCAUUCUCAUCCUCCUCUACGCCAUGUACAAGUACCGCAACCGUGACGAGGGCGCCUACCAGACGGACCAGGGACACAACUUCAUCAGCAACCCAGUUGCCGAGGGCAACGGGGCCGUGGUCAAACUAGAGAAGACACCAAGCACAACAACGGCUGCAGUAGCGAAGACAGUAACCAAGGGCAAGAAGAACAAAGACAAAGAGUAUUACGUCUAAGAGAGGGGAUAGAGAACGAGAGAACGAGAGAGAUAGGCUAGAGCAGGGUUUCCCAACUCCUCGAGUACCCCGGACAACCACACCUGAUUCAACUUGUCAACUAAUCUUCAAGCCCUCAAUCAGUUGAAUCAGGUGAGUUUGUUCGGGGCAACAACAAAGAUGUGUGCUGUUGGGGGUACUCGAGGACUGUUGGGAUACACUGGGAUAGAGGAAAAUCAUGGAAAGGAGGUUCUCCCAAUGAACUUCACUUCCACAUGAUCCUCUAGAUAAAUAUCCAAAAUGUAGGGUGUAAUUGUUACAUUUGUGGCACAAAAAAAUUACAAAAAAUCCAACUUGCCAUCAGUAUUCCUGUUAAAUUAUGCUUUCAGAAUUUUUAUCGCAUACCAAAUAUUGUAUUGGUUAACAUACCAUUUCAUACAGGAUAAGAAGCAUAUCCAUUUUGCUGUCUUUGUAUAUAGCACCACUAUCUAUCAACUGUAUGGUUAUGGUUCACAGUAAAAACUGAGCUUAGACCAUUGUACUAUAGAAACAGGUUUGCAUGAAUGUCAGUUCAUCAUGCUCUAUCUCAAGUCCCUAUGUCUUUGUAAUGACAUCAGCGGUAUCAGUGUGUACUGA